CUCCACGUCGGCGGCGGUGCCAGGAAGUGACGUCACGCCCAAGUUCCGGUUCCUCCUCGGUCGUUGUGCUGCCGUAUCUCCUGUAACCCUGCGGUACACGUGCGUGCGCCAGGUGGGCGCUGCGGUAGCAUGGACGCUUUGGAUCGAGUUGUAAAGCCCAAAACAAAAAGAGCCAAGAGAUUCCUUGAGAAAAGAGAACCGAAACUCAGUGAAAAUAUUAAAAAUGCUAUGCUGAUUAAAGGGGGCAAUGCAAGUUCAACAGUGACACAAGUACUUAGAGAUGUGUAUGCACUGAGGAAACCAUAUGGAGUUCUGUAUAAAAAGGUAACUUUUUUUAAUAUUAGGAAAAAUAUUACAAGACCGUUUGAGGAUCAGACAUCAUUGGAAUUUUUUUCAAAGAAGUCAGAUUGUUCUUUAUUCAUGUUUGGCUCCCAUAAUAAGAAGCGGCCAAAUAAUCUAGUAAUAGGUCGUAUGUAUGACUACCAUGUGCUGGAUAUGAUUGAAGUAGGUAUCGAGAAGUUUGUCUCCCUUAAAGAUAUUAAGAAUAGUAAAUGUCCGGAGGGAACAAAACCCAUGUUAAUAUUUGCAGGUGAUGAUUUUGAUGUAACAGAAGACUACAGAAGGCUAAAAAGCCUUCUUAUUGAUUUCUUCAGAGGCCCCACAGUAUCAAAUGUCCGUCUGGCUGGUUUAGAGUAUGUUCUGCACUUCACUGCACUGAAUGGGAAGAUUUACUUUCGAAGCUAUAAGUUGCUGUUGAAGAAAUCUGGCUGCAGAACACCUCGGAUUGAAUUGGAGGAGAUGGGACCCUCAUUGGAUCUGGUUCUGAGGAGGACACACCUAGCAUCAGAUGACCUUUAUAAGUUAUCUAUGAAAAUGCCCAAAGCCCUCAAGCCAAAGAAGAAGAAAAAUGUCUCUCAUGAUACUUUUGGUACAACUUAUGGAAGAAUUCAUAUGCAGAAGCAAGACCUAAGCAAACUACAAACCAGGAAAAUGAAGGGGUUGAAGAAGCGACCUGCAGAAAGGAAAGCAGAAGACCAGGAGAAAAAAUCAAAGAGAAUUAAAAAGGAUUGAUGGAAUAUAGCCAAUAACUGCAUUUUUAUUGUAGUCUUUACUUAGACUUAUCAAGCAUCAAUUAUUUCAGAGUUUCUUGUAAGGUUUUAUUGUGUAUUUUUAUAACUUGAUAAUUUACCUAAAUUAUAUAUUAUAUACAUUGUGAACAGUAACAUACUAGUAUUAGGUUGAAAGUUAGGCUCUUACUGGAGACAUUACACCCUGGUAUGCCGUUUUCUCUCUGUGAUGUGACAUUUCCCUCUGCCUACCCCAUACAAAGUCUCCUAUCUCAUUGGGUGGGUGAGUGAGGAGGGAUCUCCAGAACAAUCAUGGGUAUUUUAGAGAAUUUUGGGUUAAGCUUUAGAUAAAGGGAGAAAGUUAUGGAAAGUAGAAAUGCUCCAAAGUAACUGUAUACAUGCUCAGUAUGAGCUACCUGGAAAGUUGACCCCAUCUCCCAGCAUAUACAUAUAACCUGACUUUUAUUUUUUUACUUUCCUGUUGUUUUACCUGAAAUUCUACCAGUUAGAGAUUAAUUUUGAGAUUUUAAGCUCUGUGUCUUAAAACAGAUCUCUGAGAUGUCCACUACCUGAUCAUUGACAUGCUACCUUACUAUUGAUUAGUUUAAGAGAUUCUGCUAAUAAAGGAGCCCUAUUCCUCUUCUUUGGGAGAAAGAAAGUUUUGAUAAGGGUUGACGUGAGAAAGGAGAGAUUAGAUAAGUUAAGACACACGACAUUUUAGGGUACUGGGUAGCCGUAGGUAGCUAAAGGUCACAUGAAGGCCCUGGGUGUUUGCAUACAGAGUAGGAGUAAGCCAAAGCCAAACAGCUUAUUUUGAAAUUUCUUGAAGACUGGCCCUGUGCCUAGGAAAGUGGGGGAAAGCUUUCUGCUUCCUGCUUCUAGUACUGCAAACUUGUGUUCCCUAAAUGUACAAUUUAGUUUCCUUGACUGAGUCCCUGGCAUAGAGGCUCCUUUAUACAAGCACAAGCCAAUUAUGCUGUAAAAGUACAAACAUACAUAAACCAUGAUGUGUUAUGUAAAGUAGAAAUGCUAUUGUUUUCAUUUCCAUGUCAAGGAGCUCCUCCAUGUCUAUGUGUGCAUGCAUUUAUGUGAGUUUGCUAAAAGCUAGAACCUCAAUUUUACUUUUUUUAUCCUUUCCCUUCUCUUGUAAACCCAUUCCUUAGCCUUCCUUCUCCCCAGCCCUUUCCUGGCUAAUAGUCUCUUAAAAAAGAGGGAGCUGGUAUCACUCAUUUACACUUGUUACUUGAUUAUACAUUUAACCAAAGACUACACGGUUUUAGAUCGGAAGUAGGCAUUUGCAUUAUAUGUCUAAAUGGGGAGAGAGGGCGAAAUUAAAAUGAUUCAUAUUCUGCCAUCUGCAAGUAGAUGGACAAUGGACGAUAGUUGGGGAGAAGGGGCGUCAUGAAAGGGGCAUCAGAAAUGGUGGAUGCAGGACUUCUCUGGUGGCGCAAUUGUUAAGAACCUGUCUGCCAAUGCAGGGGACACGGGUUCGAGCCCUGGUCCAGGAAGAUCCCACAUGCUGCGGAGAAAUUAAGCCCAUGUGCCACAACUACUGAGCCUGCUCUCUACAGCGUGUGAGCCACAAGUACUGAAGCCCACGCACCUUGAGCCCGUGCUUCGCAACAAGAGAAGCCACUGUAACGAGAAGCCCACACAGUGCAAUGAAGAGUAGCCCCCACUGACCACAGCUAGAGAAAGCUGUGCACAGCAACAAAGAUCCAACGCAGACAAAAAAAAAAAAAAGAAAAAGAAAU